UGUGUGCUAAAUAAAUAAAUGAAAAAAAUUAUAUUAAUCUUUAGGUUUGUCGUUCGGAAAAGCAAUUAGGUUAUAGUAGAAUAUAAUUUGAUAAUUUUCAUGUUGUAUGUACAUAGUUAAAGUGUUGGGGAUAGCAAUAGUGCAAAUACCCCGACAGGUGAACAUUUUGGUUGUGGUAAAAUUGAUGACGAAAAUGCAAAUGUGUGCUUAAUGCUUUUGCGGUCAAGAAGCUGAAAUAAUAGGGUGUAACCACUGCGUCAUUGCAUCGUGAAUAACGGCGAGGAAUAGUGUGUAUUUAUGUUGAUGCUACGAUGGAGACAUGCAGAACCUGUGCGAGAUGUGAUUUUGAGGACGAAACCAAAUGGUUCGACUUAUUUCACACAACGCGUUGUACGAGAGAAAUUGAAGAGAUGCGUGUGGAGUUCAAUAAUUGGCAUUUGCAGAUUUCACCCAACGACGGAUUGCCACAGAAAAUCUGUUCCGAUUGCUUUUCGAAAUUUUGUAAUGUGUUUACCUUUCGCAUGCAAUGCCAGCAAGCACAAGUGAAGCUAAAUAAUAUAUUCGAUAAGAUCGAAACACAAAGUAUGGACGAUGACCGCUUCGAGGAUAAUCUUGAAGAAUUAAGUGCUCAGCUGUUGCGAAUUGUAGAGGAAAAUGAACGACAAAUAACGAAUUCAACUUAUAACGAACAAAACUGCCAAAUAGUUGAUUGUACUGCCGCUGGUGUUGACACCACCGUUUCGCCCAAUGCCACUCCUUCAGCAGCUGCCAUAGUGAUGUUGGAUAUGCUUGAUGAAAAUAGUGCUAACAAUUACACCACUACCGCCACGGCAACGACUAGAUCCAGUGGAGUGUGUGAGAGAGUCGAACAGUAUACUGAUAACAUUUUAGCAGCUCAAACAGAGGUUUCACCUAAAACAAUCGAAGACUCUUUCUUGGCAAAAACAAUUCCAAUAACAAACGAAAAUAAUGCAACUGCUGCCACCAUAACUGAAGCUAACAUUUACACUGCCGGCGUUGAAUGUCAAAGUGAAGCGGAAAUGCAAAUGACAAAGGUGACGACUGUAACUGUUAAAACAAUGGCAGUCGAUAAAGAAGUGGAAGAGGUAAUAGUAGAAGAAGGAAAUAAAAACGAAAAUGAAAUAGAAUUAAAAAUGGAACACGAAGAGGACGAUAUAAGCGAGCAAAUACAUUUACACGUCGAUGAUAUAAUUGAAGAAGAUUUUACGCUCGAUGAUCAACUGGUGGAGGAGAAGACAGAGACAACAUUAAGUGCAGACAGAUCAUUGCACCGUGUCCUUGCUCAAGAUGGCUGCUAUUUAAAUGUAAUGAGCGGAAAUGUGUCACAACCUGAAGGUUAUGCCGAAGAAAGUGUGCCUUUUGCGGAAGCUGUUGAAGAUGAGAAUGACCUUUAUGAAGAAGAUGAAGGAGUAUUGGAAGCAUUCGAACCCGUCACACUCCCAACGAAUACCUACAAUACAAAUAACAAUACUAUUUUAGCAUCACAAUAUGUCUUUCACUCGUCUGCUACGAACAAUGGCUACAGUCAAACAGUGGGCCAACCACCGGAUGUUAGCAUUGUUUAUGAGUGUAAAUACUGCCACAAAACCAAAGACACGCCAAGCACUCAUUUCGAAACUCAACAGACACUACUCGAGCACAUAACACACACGCACAACGCCGAAUACCCAUUUACAUGCCCGCAACGCGGUUGUACGGAGGGUUUUCGCGACGCCGCCUCACGCACGGUCCACAUGAAAAGCGAGCACGUGGCCAAACAUUAUGAGUGUGAUGUGUGCGGCAAAAAGUAUGCCGAUCGCUUCAACUUACGCCAUCACUACGAGAAGUUCCACAGCGAGACCGAUUUUGGGUGUGACACUUGCGAUAAACGUUUCUAUUCGCGUAAAAGUCUUAACUACCAUAUGAAGUGGCACAAUCCGGAAUUGUUGUUGCACUGUAGUCACUGCGAUCGUUUGUUUAUUAAUCAGCGACACUUGAAGUGUCACGAAGAAACGCACAACGGGGUGAGGAAUAGUGAAUUUUGUACGUUUUGUGGUAAAACGUUCAUUCACUUGAAAACUUUGCGUUGGCAUUUGUAUCGGCAACAUGGCGGCGAAAAACCAUACAAGUGCGGCCACUGCACUGAGGUUUUCGCCUCGUAUCUGGAGAAGCGCAUACACAUGCUGGAGAAUCAUUUGGAGAAUCUCACCACCAUCGAACGCACUGAAUGCAUGCUCUGCCGAGAACGCUACGAAGAUGAACGCGAGCUGAGCGAACACAUACGUAGCAAACAUGUUGAAAGGCCGAAGUCUUCCGUGCUGUUAAUAGCGAACAAUAAACGAGUGGUGCGAAGUAAACGACAAAAGAAUUAUAGCGGAAUCUUCCAGUGUGAUAUUUGCGCGCAGCGUUUCAAUAUGAAAUCGGCGUUGGAGCGACACGCGGCGGUGCAUUCAAGUAUUGGCAGACCGCACAAAUGCCCGGUGGAGUCGUGUGCAAAGCGUUUCAAGCGUGCGCAGGAUAUGAAUUGGCACAUGAAGACGCAUUCGAACGAGAAGCCGAACAUUUGCGAUGUAUGCGGCAAAGGAUUUGCCCUGAAAUAUGUGUUGAAUCAGCACAAGCGGAGCCAUGAGGUUCUUGAGAAAAAUUUCAAAUGCGUAAUCUGCGGACGUGCCUACCUCUUUGAGAAAUCGCUGCGUGUGCAUGAACGAGUACACACAGGCGAUACCUACUACCGCUGCGAUUUGUGUGGCGAAAACUUUGUUACGCACAUGAAAUUCAAAACUCAUAUGAUGAAAAAACAUGAUCCGGAGACAACAAAUCUUGAAGAUUACAAUUUGGAUGCCUUUGAAGAACAGCUAUAUGAACAGUAGAUGCACAAGAAUUGUUUUAUAUGCAUUUAAUACUAUGAGCAAAAAAUAGUAAGACUUUGUUCAUAAUUUUAAAAUUAUUAAUUUAUUCUUGAAAAUCUAUGCCGUCCCCUUCAAAGUAAUGCAUAUUGGUCCCAAUACACUUCUGCCAAUGUUUUUUCGAAUCCUCGAAACAGUUGUUAAAGUCAGUUUGCGGUCUUCAAUGCGCGUCGCGAUUCACGUUUAAUGUCUUCAGUUGACUCAAAACGGCUUCCCCGCAGUGGUGGUUUGAGUUUGCUGAAUAGCCAGAAGUCACACAGAGCUAAAUCAAUCAGGCGAAUAAGAUGGUUGCGGCACGAUAUUGGUUGAAAUCUCACGAAGCAUCAAUGCUUUAUGCGACGGUGCAUUAUCGUGACGCAAAAACCAAGAGUUAUCGACCCACAAUUCCGGCCUCGUUUUGCGAAUAGCUUUCGCGCAAACAACGCAUAACACUUUAAUAGUAUUCCUUGUUGAGGUUUGAACAGUCACCUCAAUAAUUGAAGAAAACUGUCAACUUAUCUAUGAUUUUUGAUCUGCUUUGACAUGGUUUUUUCGGCUUUGGUUCACAUUUGUCAAUAUAUUCGGUCGAUUGAUCCUUUGUUUCGAGAGAGAUCCAUGCAGAGAUCCAAUCUCGGUAGUCGGAAAGCAUUAUUUCACAGACGUUAACGCGACGCUUUUUUUUCGAAAAAAUUUAGUGAUUUUGGAACCAAUCGUGCUUUCAUGAUCUUUCAAAAUAGUUUUCACUGAUUCUUCCAAUAUUCCAACGAUGCCAAUAAGAUCUCUGACUGUUAAACGUCGAUUCUCAAGCACUAAUUCCUUUAUUUUAUUGACGUGUAGAUCAAUAGUUGAUAUUGAUGCUCAACUCGUUCUCGACCCUCUUGUACGAAUCAAAAACAUUUGUUAUUUUGAACUUUUUGGCACCAGAAAUUUAAUUCCUCACACAAAAUUUAAUGGAACUUCUUUGUUGAAUAAUUUCAUUCAUGAUGUCUCUGACAGUCAUAUUAAACAAAAAAAAAUAUUUCGACUAACGGGCUUUCGGGCGAAAUUUAAAUAAAAAAGUCUUACUAAUUUUUGCCCACAGUAGUAUGUAAUGGGAAAUUUGCCUAUGUGAUUUUUUUUCAAAGCGUGGUUCAUUUGUAAUUUUCAGUAUUUUAUUUAACUCAUGAACAUGUAUGAGCUCUAAAUUUUAUUGAUUAUCGAUAUUCCUUAUUUCGAAAGCUGUAAACUUAAACUUUCGAAAUUAAAAAUAUUUAAUUCCUCCACUCUAUGGGCUAACGUCAAAUUGGACUACUUAAAAGUAGCACAAAACAUUCCAGUAAAUUAGAUUAUUAUUAUUAUUACGUGUACUACGUUAUGUACUGGAUAAUACUGGAUAAAUAUUAAGCAAGUCCAUCUGCGCUCUUAAAAACCAACUAGAACCAUUCAAGGGAAUUCAUUAAAGAAAAUGUUUGAAUUUGAAUAGUAUUGACGUGUACUUCGUACACAUGCAUAUAUUUAUAUUAACGAAAAGGAAUAUGCACAAACACAAUAUACGCACACAAUGGCUCACCGUUAACGCAACAAUAGCGGAAAUUUACACGAACAUAUGUAUGUAUGUAUGGUACACAAUUAAAACUGAUGAAAUAAAUAAAAAUUAAAAAGAAAUACAUACAUACAUACAUAACCAACUAUGUAUACUUACACAUACACAUGGAGACUAAGAGCAACUUCUUGCACGAAUGCUCAAUUCUUUUGGUACCAUAUUAAAUAAUUUAGUAAAAAGCAUUUAUUGUAUUUUAUGAAAUUAUUUAGAUAACCGUAGUUUUAUAAAAGGGAAAUUAAUAGCAAUAUUUUGUAGCGGUAGUUUGUGAAUUUUAACGAUGGUGAUAAUGUAACUCUUAAAUGAUAUUACUCGUAGUUUUUAGUGGAAAAAUAUAAUUUCGUGAGGAAAAAAUAUCAUCAAUAUAUAUUUAUA